AUGGCGGCCCCGCCCCGAACCGAAGGAUCCUUCGCGAUGUCUGCCGAGGCACAGGCCGGGGGUCAGCUGCUGGCGGGGCUCGCCGUGCUGUGCAGGCAGCUGCUCGUGGCGCCGCACCACGAGAACGGCACGGGUCGCCUGCAGACCUGGUUCUGGACAGCGGUGAUGAUCACCGCCGCUGUCAAGCGGGCGGACCUCUUCGUCUUGUUCACCAAGGUGCAGGCUGGCUCGCAGACCGCCAUCCAGCAGGGCAGGUACAGCGACUUCUGGGCAGGCCGACGGCACAUGCUGGCCGUGGUGCUCGGGACGGCGCUGGCGGCCGUGGCCCAGGAGUCCGCCGCGGGGAGGCUGAAGGUGCUCUGGCGCAAGGCCGCGUCGGCUGCGAUGCUCAACACGUACCUCGACGAGGACAAUUCGUUCUACCGGAUGAAGUUGGCUGGCACGGUGGAGAACCCAGACCACCGGAUCACCGACGACAUUCGAACGUUGGUGGACUACGUGGUCGAUCUGGCGAGCAAGUUGCCCGAGCAUCUGACCAAAUUCGUCGGCCUCAGCGGCCUCAUGUGGCGGACGUCGCCCCUCACCUGCCUCAUGCUCUGGUCCUACGCGCUCCUCGGCACCCACGCGUCGCGGCAGCCACAAGGAGGCUCACCUGGUGCUGGGCAAGGGCCUGGCGCAAGCGGCGGCAAGCUCACCCCUGAGCGCAAGGACGCAUUGCUUGCCAUGUCCGCCGAGCACUUCGAGGCCUGCAGCAUCUGGCUGUCGCCUGGUCAGAAGGCGCACUUGCUGGGGCUGCGAGCCGAGCAGACAGGCGACCCGCUGGCCCUCAGUCGACAGGCCAAGCAGCAGCACGACACGCUCAAAGAUCAGGUCGCCAAGGCCAAGAACGCCUGGGAGAAGUCUCAGGAGUUGCUGGCCAAGCAGCUGCAGAAGACGGCGGAGCUCAAGGCGAAGUUCAUGGAGCUUGAGGCCAAGGAGCUCGAGGCGGCCCGCGCUGCUGCCAGCGCUUUCUCCGAGCUCGGGCGUGCUUCCAGGCCUCAGCCUGCUGACCAUGCUGCAUACCUUGUGGAGCAGCUGCGUGAGCUGGGGGUCGAGGCGGGCGUGGUCGACUCGAUCAAGCAGGUCGCAGAGGCACGCGAUCACGACCUCGACAUGGAUGCAGCCAUCGGCAACCUCAAGCAGGGCGACUGGAUGGACAAGCUCGUCAGCUCUGCUGGUGAGAGCGGCAUCACUCGAUCGCAGCUGGAGGUCCUCAAGACCCUCACGAGGCCCAUCAGCGUUGCCCAGACCAAGCAAGUGCGGUGCAGGAUCCGACAUCUUCAGAGCUCGCCAGAUGUUCCAGAUUCGAAUCUCGCGGUUUGUUUCCUGGAGGCCCUUGAUCGGUUUCGCGUCUUUGAUUACGUAGUCAUGGACUAUUUCGCCGCCGUCGCCAGCGACACUGCCGAGUGCCUGCACAAGCAGGCAACCCAGCUGAAGAUAGUCAACUGGGACCGAUGGGUUAAAACGCACUCGGUAGGUGGGGCUGCGGCGCUCUUCAAGUAUGUGCAGCUGCCUGACCCUUGGCAGCCGUCCACCCUCGACUCCUUCACCCUCCGUCCCAACUCCAGCAUGGGGGUCCCGCCUAGGAGUUUUCUGCACUUGCCCGACGUUGCGCUCGAGCUUCUGUGCGGCCUCAUCGGGAAGAUUGUGGAGCAGGGUGCUGCCUCUAAGGAGCUGGACGUAUUGCGAUCCCAGGCCGCUGCGGCGCUCGACGCCAAGACCAGCGGCAAGAGCCGCACUCUCGCUCUCGCGCUCGCGCCGCAGGCCAACUACGACCCGAUUUGGAGAGCAACUCUGGAGCCUAUCAAAGCUUUCAGCUCUGUUCUUUGGGCGGCGCGCGUGCCAUGUCAUGUAUUAGAGCAUGGCCUUGAGGCCGCUAGAUUGGCGUUGUCUGGGAAGGACCAAAUGUGGCCGCAAGUUCGGGGCCCCCUGGGAGCCCUCUUCGCUACGCUCGCCAGAGUCGGGAUCGUCGUCGUUGAGCCCCUGGUCUGGAAGUUGCCUGACGGUCUGGAGCUGAAACUCAAGUACAUUUGCCCCAGGGUCCUGCUGCACUGCUGUGCGCAUGCGGUGCGCCACUGGGUUAACCUGCAGAUUUCGGAGCACCUCCAGAUGCCCGAGUUCCGUACUGGGUUCUGGGAUGGGCCUCUGAAGCACCUCCUGAGCGCCAAGGGGAACCUCACUUGGCAGCAGCGUGGCUACCUCAGGAGUGCUAUCAUUGGUCUCCUGCCCUACCCGCUGCAGGACAUAGACGGUGCCGAGCUGUAUGCCCUGUUCGCAGUGCUCAGAUUCGCGGUGCCACCUGUUGUCGUGCACACGGAUUCCGAUUUCGUUUGGAAAGGAACCAUUCUCAACGGUCCGUUGAAAAAGAUGUGCUCCUGA